UCAUUCUAAAAUUCAGUUUCUCAAAAAACCCAUUAAGUUUCUCCGAUCAAUGGAUCCUCUAGCGAUUUCUCCGAGGAAGCUACGAUCAGACCUCUACUCAUACUCUUACCAAGAUGACUCCAACACAGUACCUCUAGUCAUCUCUGUUCUCUCGUCUCUGAUCGAACGGACUUUGGCUAGGAACGAGAGAAUCAGCCGGAGCUACGGUGGUUUUGGUAAGACACGUGUCUUUGAUUGCCGGGAGAUUCCUGAUAUGACUAUUCAAUCAUACCUAGAAAGGAUUUUCCGGUAUACCAAAGCCGGUCCAUCGGUUUACGUCGUUGCUUAUGUAUACAUCGACCGGUUCUGUCAGAAUAACCAAGGUUUCAGAAUCAGUUUAACCAAUGUACAUCGUCUCCUUAUCACAACUAUCAUGAUCGCUUCCAAAUACGUCGAAGAUAUGAACUAUAGAAACUCGUACUUUGCGAAAGUAGGAGGAUUAGAGACAGAAGAUUUGAACAAUUUGGAACUGGAGUUCUUGUUCUUGAUGGGAUUUAAGUUGCAUGUGAAUGUGAGUGUAUUCGAGAGUUACUGUUGUCAUCUUGAAAGAGAAGUUAGUAUUGGAGGAGGUUAUCAGAUCGAAAAGGCAUUACGUUGCGCUGAGGAAAUCAAAUCUAGACAAAUUGUUCAAGAUCCUAAACAUCAUCAUCACCAUCAAUUUUCUCGAAUCUUGUUGUAGGCUAAGAACAACUCUGUUUUUUUUUUUUUUUUUUUGAGGAGGGCCUUUGACUUUCUGAUUACCUUGUCGGUUGGGUUUUUUUUUGUUGUUAUUGUUUUCUUGAAAGGUAAAUAGAGAAAAAAGUAUAGACUGAGAUUGAAUGUAUGUAUAUGAUGUAUCAGCAUUGUAGAUUCUAUUCUAUGUAUCUGUUGAAAUUCUUAGGAGAUGAUAUUGCAAAAUCUAUGUUAAUCUGUUCUUUUGUCAUCUAAUAGAUCUUUUUUGUCAUC